AUGAAAAACAACCCACAAGUCAUGACCAAACUGGCUCAUAGACUGGGGCUGUCUCCGGCCCUCUCUUUCCACGAUGCAUACAGCCUCACUGACCCCGACUUGGUGUCCUUCUUACCUCGACCCGCCAGUGCUCUCUUAUUCACUCACCCGUGUAGCACAACCGCUGAAGCCCACUAUGCCAAAAUCAACGAGGCCGAAGCAGACUAUGACGGUGCAGGCCCCGGAGAGCCCGUCAUGUUCUACCGCCAGAUCAUCAACCAUGCAUGUGGCCUCAUCGGUCUCCUGCACUGCACCACCAAUGGCACCGCAGCCGACUUCAUUCAGGACGGGAGUGACCUAGACAAAUUGGUCAAAGACACGACUCCUCUCAAACCCGACGACCGAGCUCGGUUCCUUCAUGACUCAGAAAUGCUCGAGAUAGCUCACGCCACAGCUGCUCACUCCGGCGACAGCACCGUACCACCGCUGGGAGAAGAUCCCGGCCAUGCAUUCGUGGCAUUCGUCAAGGGCAAGGACGGUCGUUUGUGGGAGUUGGAAGGCAGAAGAAAGGGGCCGGUCGAACUGGGCAUGCUCCAGGAAGAUGAGGAUGUAUUGAGUGACAAGGCGCUCAACUUGGGGCCUCUUCCGUUCCUCAGACGUGAGGAGGCGGCAGGCGGCGGCGAUUUCAGGUUCAGCUGUACCGUGCUUGCUCCGAGUCUUGAUGAUUGA